GAUAUGGAAGGUCAAGUAGAUGUACUUAAUAGAACUGCUAUAAAAUUAAUGAAAACGUAGUUCUUUGUUUCUCACGUUAAUACCAUACCAAAUAUGAUAACAUUACCGAAUUAUCUUUGUGUUUUGCACUACGCUGUGUUGGUCAUGAUGAAUACACUCUCUGUUGUUAAAGUUACAGGUCAGAUAUGCACCCGUGAUAUGGAAGCUAAAAUUCAGUCAUGUGGAACGUCAUCCAAACGAGGAGAGCACAUGUAUCUGAAUUUUCACAGAAAGAAUGACGUGGACAACUGUAUAUGUAAACUCACGUCAUUGUUCUCAGGAAGUUUGCAGAUCAGCAUCAUAUCAAUGCCUAACAGUCAAUCUUCUAUUUCUGUUACGACUGGCUUUGGACAUAGAGAUAAUGCCACCUUCAUCAACUUUAGAAACAGUCCUUAUGCACAUAUUGUAAAAAUAGGGGACCUUUUGUACAUCAAACCGUGUCACGAAAUCGAGAAGCGAAGCUAUUUCUGUCUACUUGUUUCAUCUCAAGGUCAAGGUGAAUUCGAUGUUUCCUGUGGGAACAGACCCGUGUCACCCAACAACAGUGUAUCGGAUAAAACUCCCAAGCAGCAUGAUGAGCUGCUUCCUGAUACAUUAUGGAGAAUAGUGAGUUUGGUUCUCAUCUCGGUUCUAAUGUGCUUGUGCUUUGUCCUUCUGAUUAUUGUGGUUCUUCUUCGAAAAAGACAAAUUAGAAGAACAACAGAAUCCAGCAAAGCUGCGACUCCUAUGUCACGCAGUAUAUUUUACAUGAUCAAUAACAACGAAGAUUCAACAUUUAGCACCCAGAAUGAAUACGAACAAUUGAGAAUCUCAUCACUCCAUGUUUAUAAUGACGUAUCUCUGAAACUGAUACCAGCGCCGACAAGUUAUAUAAAUCUGUCAUCGUUGAAAUGAAGAUUGAACAUCAUAUAUAUGCCUGUUUAAGAUACAGUGAAUAAAAAUAAUGUUUAGUUUAAAUUUAUUAAAUAUUAUUUUUAAAUUUCAGUGAUAAUCAUAUUAUCGAAUUAUGUGUGAAAAAAAUGGAACUGUGACCGAAACACCGCACAUAAAAAGAUAGAAUGUAUAAAGAGGCAAAAGAAGUGGCAGCCGUCGUUUGUGGGUACAUGUUAGAACUGGAUAAACUGCACGGUCUGCGAUCAGAUCCAAACAAAAAGUGACGUACAAUGUUUAAUGCGCACAUUUAUGCGCUCAUUUUCUGAUAGGCUGCUAAUAUUACCACCACUGAGCGGACUAAAACUUAGGCAAAACACAAAUGCGGAUAGAAAGAAAUUAUACAUAUGAAAAUAUGAACAUUAGGCAAGGACAAUUUAACUUUAUUAUAACACUGUACAUAAAUACCAUAAUGCAGUUUAAUGUUCUCCGGUGUAAUUCAAAAGUCCGCCAUUGCUAUAAAGUUUGCACGAAGUAAUAUUCAAAUUCCUUACGUAAAUUUCUGUAUCCAACAGGUCACACAAACACCAAGACAGGGGAUGCAAUUGUCAUCAAUUAUAAAUGACGACAGGAAAUGAGAUGAGGUUACACUAAGCAGUAAAAGGGAUACCACUCUUACACAAUUCAUCAAUUAUAAAAACCGCAAUACAUUGAUCUCCCGGGUGUAUCAAAAUACUUGUACAUUGAUUUUCAAUACUGUAAACGUAUUACAUUUGGCUGUGUAUUUUCUUUAGCCUUUUUUUUGUCGGAAAGCCGCCUGCUUCAUCAAGUACAUCACAAAAUGCCAAUCAUAGAUGUAUUAAAUUAGGAACAUACAGAAAAAACGG